UCUCCCACCCUCGGCUCUUCUAUUCGCUCACUGCGCUCUCAUCCUCGGUGCGGCUUGUGUCUCUGCCUACUCCUGUGCGUAAGAGCGCACCGAUGGAUAUGUAAAGUGAUGCACUCCCGAGAACGCGAAAUCUGAGCCCGCAAACGCCUUUCCGAAAAUAAUGGUAUAGAUGCGCAGCAGAGAGCGCGCGUUGGAGAGCAGUUAGUUUAGAAUAAGUCAAGUUCAUUCCAAGGAGAUUGUUUUUUAUUCUGCGCGUUUUUUUAUUCUUUAUUUUUGGAUGAUGAUAUGUUAAUAAAGAUGUUCAUCAGCGCGGCUGACGGUGCGUUGCUAUUUGGAUGUGUGUUUCUGGACUUUUCAGCAUAUCAUGACCGUGCGUCUUUUUUCCUCUCUCCAAGUCUUUUCGUUUCCGCGUGAAGUUGAACGGAGGAGAAAGCACGAUGAGAGGAAAAUACUUUCUCCUCGGUUUCUUGUUGCUCAAACUUAUGGCUCUUGUGUGCAAGGCUGACGGGGAGCCGGGACUGCUCGGGGGAUUCGUUAUGAUCGCCACCUCCAACGGCUCCAGGGAGGAGGAGAGCGUGUCAGAGGAGACCCCGCACACGGAGGACAAAUGUCGGGGUUACUACGACGUGAUGGGCCAGUGGGACCCGCCGUUCAUCUGCAAAACGGGCAAUUAUCUGUACUGCUGCGGCACCUGUGGCUUCCGCUUCUGCUGCUCCUACAAGCACUCGCGGCUGGACCAGAGCACCUGUAAAAAUUAUGACACUCCGGUGUGGAUGAAGACCGGACAGACUCCCUACAAAAAAAUUAACAAGCUGCACGACAGCACCAAAGACAAGACGAACUUAAUUGUUUACAUCAUAUGUGGAGUAGUGGCCAUUAUGGCUCUUGUGGGGAUUUUCACCAAAUUGGGUCUGGAAAAGGCGCACCGGCCUCAGAGAGAGAACAUGUCCAGGGCCGUUGCCAGUGUGCUGCAGGGCGGGUGUCCAGGUGAGCAGUAUCGGGGGGAAGAGGCCCUAGGGAUGCAUUCGCAGCACUAUGCUUCCAGGGCCACAAACCUCCAGGGAGGUCAGAUCAACAACAACGUGGGACAGAGCUCAAACAUGGGCCAGCAGCACCCCUACCCUGCCCUCAGCCAGCUGGCUCAUGUGUACGAACAGCAGCAGCAGCAGCAGCAGCAGCAACAGCAGCAGCAGCAGCAAAACAAGGAUAUCAACAAAUACGCCUCCCUGAAGGCUGUGGCUGCCAAGUACAACGGUGAAAUCUACAAGCGCCGGCUGAUGGUAGAGCUGCCAACAAAGGGCGGGCUUCCUCUCCAGCCCAUGGGCAACUCCAGACCCUCCAUGGGCAACAUGUCGUCAAUGACCCCUCCGAUGACUACUAACCCCAUGGCUUCUAACCCAAUGACCUCCAAUCACAUGAACCCCACCAUCACCCAGAUGACCUCCAUGUCCCAAAUGACGUCUAUGAUGCCUAUGACCUCUAUGACACCCAUGACCUCUAUGACACCCAUGACCUCCCUCAACCCAAUGUCCUCCAUGACCCCAAUGACCUCCCUGGGUCCACUGACUCCUGAGCCAGUGGCCACCUAUGUCACAGAGAUGCCCAGCAUCUCCUCCGUCUCAACCCUCCCAACAGAACGGCACUUAGCUGGCGGUGGAGGAGGAGUGGGACUCAAGCCGAAUGGCCACAAACCCAAAGGCAGCCAUGGUCACGUUGCCCACAGUUCUCACAGCUCUCACAGCUCUCACACUCAUGCUCACAGCCACAGUAGCAAGCCGCCAGGACUUGGGGCUACCUCCCUGGCACACAUGGCGGGGACAAUGCCAGGUGGCAUGUCCCUGGGCAUCUCCAGGGCCGCCGAGACCGCCAUGGCUUCCAGCUCAGCUACAAUGGGCCGCCCAUUGGCGUACAGUUCCAACACAAUCGCGGCUGGGCAUGCAAUGGGGCUAGGGCUGAAGGGCUGGGAUGGGACUGAGACAGUGGGCCGGAGGAAGACCUACGGGCACAAGAGGCCUCAGUGUACCGUGCUGGAGCCCAACCAGCUACACAGCACCAGAGGCCAGAGCCACAGCCAACACUUCCUCCCCACACAGCCCUACUUUGUGACCAACAGCAAGACAGAGGUGACUGUGUGAGAGAGGAAGAAAGGGAGAAAAAGAGGGGUAAAGGAUGCAUGUGGAGUGGUGGCACAAGUAUAAUCUCAUGAGUUGAGACACCAACUCCUGGGGCGGUCAAAGGUGCAGAUCUAUGUGUUGUUUGUGUGGCUCGUGGUGAGUGUAGUGGGACAGUGACACUGUGUCUGAGUGGUCCUCAUUUCAGAAACAGAGAGCUCACCAGUCAAAUCACCGAACAGACCCUUGUUGUCAAGAGGAUGGCGUCUAAGUCGAUGGCAUUUGUAAGCAUAACUUCAAACAGCCUACGGAGCAGGGAUGUCUGUACGCUUGUGGUAAUAUUACAGUGUUGUCUCACAGCUGAUAUCUAGUCGGUAAUGAUAACAAUAUCUGAGCAUUAUAGUGCAACUACACACAGAUGAUAAAGAGGGAAACUGCUGAUAAUAAACUUGGUUGGCUUUAAAAACCAAACCUGAGAAGCAAUAUAAGGGAUCAAGUGUAAAGCACCGAAGCAUCGCGGGAAAGAAGAAAUAAAGCAAAUUUACCCACAAACUUGAGUUCUGCUCAUCUGCCCAACAAAGCGUUGAAUGGUUUGGAAGAAAUAACAUUCCUUUACGAUUCACCUCCACAUCUCCUGAGGGCUUUGAAACAGACAUAAAUGAUGAGGGUACUGGGCUUUGGACUGCAGACAUGCUUUGUACUGUGACUAUUCAGAAGCGCCUUCAUAAGCUCUGCAGCUGAAGGUCGUCCUUUUCCACAAGGCUCCUGCACAGAGAAUGGAGGCUGUCGCACUGGCAUUGUUCUUGUCUGAUCUCGUCUGUGUGGUGACAACUGGCCCAGAGGAGAAAUAAGCAGGCAGCAUCUGGGCGAUGCUGCAUCUAGCAGAGGCUCCUCAGAGUACGAUUCUCAUACACACACAAAAAAUCCACAAAUUCAUGCACAUGCAUACACGUUUUCACACAGAAACACAUACUAUAAGAAUAACACACACCAGGGUUUGACCAAUGUGGGUUUUUUAAGAGUAAUACCAAUCAUUUUAGAAUUAAGUUACAGAUGGCUUUUUUUUGUGCAUAUUUGUUAACUUUGACAGUUUUCAAUUAAAAAAGCAGUUCAGUAUAGUACAAAAUUAUGCUAUUGGCAUUUAGACCAUCACAGUACUAGAAAACUCUACAAUUAACCCCCCUGAGAAAUUUAAGUCAGAAUGACCAAUGUUAUCCAUUCAAUAACAGGGUACAGUUUGGGAUACUUAAUCAUUUUAAAUGAGAAAGCAAUUUACAAAAGGGUUGGACUAUUAAAGGAAUAGUUUGACGUUUAGUGAAAUAAUGUGCUUUAGCUUUCUUCCCAAAAGUUAGACAAAAAGACUGAUACAAUUUUUAUGUCAGCAUAUUAAAUAUGAAGCUACUACCAGCAGUUGGUUAACUUAGUUUAGCACAAGAGUGGAAAUAGGGGGAAACAGUUUGCAAUCUUAAACAAGCACUUCAAAAGCUCACUAAUUAAUAUGCUAUAUCUAGUUUGUUUAAUCCUGACAAACUGUAGAAAGCUUAUCAAACUUUGUGGUUGCAGGAGGUUAUGUGCCAGACUAUUUCCUACUCACAGCAACUUCCUGGAGUCUUAACAAAAUGUCAAACUAUUUCUUUACUCAUUAAUCAAAUGUGUCUAAAUGUUGAGCUGUUUUAAUGUAGCUGUGGUAAGGAAGGGCUUUGAUCAUACUGGAAGUGGAGAAAUGGAAAAUGUGUUUUAUGUAUGUAUUAGGUGGACACACAGAAUAUGGGUAAAUUGGGCAACUAUAUGCCUUAUGUAUUUCAUUAGGUGGACCAAAUGUAGGCUUUGGCUUUUCAGCAUUUUAUUUCUGCACAGAUUUUGCAUUGGAUGGUAUACUUAUCUACUUUUAACAAAAGCAAGUAACUACUGUGAAAUGUGUAACAGUAAUAAAAAUGCCACACUUUUUUGUUGGUAAUGGAGGACACUGCCACAAGAAACUAGGCUUGAUUAGAUCACUCACUGUACUCAAACUAUAGCUAAAAAAAACCACUAUCUGGGUUACAUGACUCAAACAUAAAAAUAAAUCCUUAAGUCUGACAAAUAGGCCAAAUCUUCUACAGGCUUCUCCAAGCCUUGUUUUUGUAGUGAUGUGAGAUUUAUUAGCAGCUGCAGCCACUCUUAUCAUUUUGACCUUGUUAUCUAAAGUGCUGCUUCCACUUCUAAGAUCCUCAUACAGUUGCAAUUGAGAUGCAUUUUUAAGUGAUCCAAUUUUAAUCAGACAAUGCUUAUCCACAUUAAAAUGAGAAUGUGAACGCAUCCAAGACACUACAUGGACAUAUUAUGAUUGGAUUGUUUAAACCAUCUCUGGAGGUGUGUUGGAAAUCUGGAUCUGACCGAAGCACAAGCAAAAAAAAGGGGAUGUGCUGUCAGGAGAUUUGUGGAUAUAGAACAACAAAAACAGGUAUUAACUGUCUAUUUUAAAGCAUGUAAAUAUAAGAGGAAGAGGUGCACAUGACAAUCCACUGAGAGAAAAAGACAUUUCAGUGUGACACAAUUUAUCGGAAGCUCCAGCAGAGCUACAUUCAGUUUGGGCACACUGUGUAUCCAGACUGCAUGUAGAUCUGAGGUGCAAGCGGGGGCCUCAUACUACAGCUUCUAAAUCAAAAGCCAGAUGAAACAACUAAAGCCAGUUAAGCGUAAAGUAAGGGGGUCCACAGGAGGGGAUAUUUUUCCCUCACGCUGUGGGACCCCUGCUGCCUUGAGGGUCUAGAACCAUGAGACCAAAUUGAAAGCAUGGAUUUAAGAACUCAUAUUUAAAAAAAAAGUGUCACCUAUAAACCCACAUAUUACACACACACACACACACACACACUCACACACACCAAAAACAUUACAGGGUGGACUCUGCUUUCCUUUUGCUCCCACAGUGCAGAGUGGCAGGCGUCAUCACAGAAGGGAGUCAGAGUCAGUACUGUUACCGCGCCUGUUGUACAUGAAAGACUGUGAAACUCCAGACCUUGGCCCUUUGUAGCGAUAACGGAUAUUAUGCUUUUUAUAUAUAAAGAUAUACAUAGCCUUUCUCUCUUAAUCUCUUUCUUUUCAUCUCCUCUUCUUCACUUCUUUUCACCCUUUUUCUUCUUCUUUUCGCCCUCCACGUCCAAAUGGAGGAUCUUCAGAGCAGAAAUAUCUGCGCGAAACAAAAACGGGGCUGUGAUGAAUCUUUUCUGUGAUAGCGGAGUACAGUCAUGAUGAGACAGUGAAUAAUAAUAUUUCACCCCCACCUUGAAAGGCUUGAUUGGUUUCCCCUUGUGCAUUGUUCUAGCAGGAAAUAUAAGUGAUUGAUUCUGUGUGCCAAAAAGUGUAAUUCAGUUUGCAAUUUUGUACCAUUGUGUGUCCUCUUGAACACUGCACACAUUUCACUCUUUAUAACUUUUUUUAUGUGUGUGUGUGUGUGAAUCCAACGUUGGUAUAUGAUUAUUUUCUCUGAAGAAGUCACAACUCAAACAAACAAACCAAACAAAGGGAAUCAUAUAUAAAUGGAGUUCACAAUCCUAUAAACCUGUUCGCGUCCAGUGGGAAUCCUUUGCAAAUUUUUGUUGUUUUUUCUCCUUCUUGUAUUUAUUUCCUCCUUUUCUUGACAGCUGGAGGUUUUUUUUGUGACAGAGUUGAGAAGCAGGUCAAUGUUUGCUCAGGAUGUGCAUUAUCGGACCCAAUUGACUUAAUCCAGCAAAGCGGAGAUGUGGAAAUAUGAACCCUCUCGGUCACCCUGUACUGCUCCAUCCUUAAAGCCAAUUCAGCUCUGCAAAAGCAGCCACUGGAACAAUGGUAAGCAGGCAGGCAGUGGAAACAGUUGGUAAACAAAAAGGGGGGGGGCCUUCAUCCCUCACCAUAACAGCCAAAAUAAACCUGAUAGAAAGCGGGGAAUUGGUUGUGCUGGCUGGGUUGCGCUGGUUGGGUCACGGUUGAUAGGGUCAGGGCCACAGAUGAGUGGGUUCAGGAGGCAGUCAUGUCUGACAUUUUUCAUCAGACGAGUCACUCAGACAAAAAAUGGCACAGCAGAGACAAAAGGACACAGGUACUCCGCAGGCUCAAAACAACUCUGGACACUGAGUGUUCAUCAUUUAUUGAAAAUGUCUGUGAGAUACUUUUUUUUAAUUUUUACAACACAAUUUGGUGAUAAAAUGUAGUGGUUGUACUUAUUAUCAGUACUGGUUCAACGGACUGUAAUAAUAAAGACAUUCAGUACAUUCAGUGGCUAAUAAUUGUAAGACCUACAAUUUCCCCCCAAAAAAUGAGGGUCAAUGUGCAUUAUUCCUCAUAAUUCCUUCUCAUUUUAGAGUGCUUUUAUAAUUUGAUGGACAAUUUUAUAUCACAGAUGGUUGCUUUCCUUCUCUUGAUGGAGCUUGAGGUUCUUUAGCUUCUGUUUUCUAAUUGUCGUUGCUUAUGCCAACUAAACGCUUUUUCUGCAGUUUUCAAGAAAGGUACCCUUAUAUUCAGUAGAAGAACAGCAUAAACUGUCACGAACAGGAUAUCACACGGCAAAAGGGAUUUUUCGAUGGUCCGGUUACACCAGUAUAUUAAACUAAAUUUCACAGUGAAAGCAAUACAUUUCAAUGGCAUCGCUAUGAUUAGUAAAUACUCACUUUGGUGAACUUUGCAAUGUGAAUUUGCGCUGACCAAUAGCAAGUUCUCAAAGCCAGUGUGUCCAAAUUGGAGGAAGCUAUAAUUGUUCACUAGCUGUGUUGGGCAAUUUACUUCUUUUUUCUUUUUAAAUAAUGUACAACCCUGAGAACAAAAUGCCCCGGGGGAGUAAAUGUGCCAGGAUAGACAAAACAGUAAUAAGCUCAGAGAGCUUUUGUUACUGACUAGCGCUAGCAUGUUGUUCAUUACGUCACCAAACUUCAAAUAUAAAAAAUCUAAUAUUUCCCACACGAGACACAUCGCUGAUUUUCACUGUGCCAUUUUCUGGUGUGACCAGGCUUUUAGUCAAUCAGACUACAAGUCCAUCAAAAAAUGUUACUGAUCCAGCUGGCCUCUCUGUAGUAGCUGACAUCUUGCAUUAUUGUGUCAGUGAUCACCUUCACCUCUUAGUGUCUUACUAUGUACCAUGACACUGCCAAAUGAGUUCCAAAUUUAGAGAUGACCACUCAGUGUGAACUCAUUGCUCCAAACCAUUUCAGGUCCUGAUUGCCCUGUAGCCUAUACAGUAGGUGCACUGCCUGCCACAGCUCAAAGAUUUUUCAUUAUCAUCAUUUUUUUUUUCAUUCCUGUCUGAAUGGAAGUCAAAUGAAGAGUGGAGGUGCAGUUGGCCCAAUUAAGGAAUCAGGCCCAAGUUAGAGGGCGCAGUGGUUCACCGGAACACUGAUCAGCAGAAACAGGGGCAGGAAUUAAGACAGUUGAGCAUGCAGUCUGAAGUUACAAAGUGUAUCAUUAUGCUGAAUAUGCUUUGGCCUGCUGACCUGGAGUUAAUAAUAACAAUAUUAUAUUGUUUCCUGAUGCAAUAUUUUGACUGAAUGUACACCCGUCUUUUCAAUAUGAAUCACCAAGUGGGGCCACAGUGAAGACCUAUUUUUACUUUGCUAUAAAGCAUUGCAGACCAGCUACCUUGGUAACACAAACUGGCUAGCUUGAGUUAUGUGCAGUUUGUCGAAGUAAUGCUCCAUGAUUUAUAUUUUUCUGCAUUUUCUACCUUUUCUCCCAAAUUGGCACAGUGCACACUGUGGUCCUUGUUACAGCUGACCCCCCUGCGGACAGUCAUAUGUCCUUUGUUACACAGCUACUUUCUUUCCAUACUCCGAUUAUUGAUCUCCCAGGUCCCUUCCCUCUUUGAACAGAAGCCCCAGUCAACCAGUAUGAAUUGCUAGUGCAGCAACAAUGAUCUCUGGUCAGGUGAGCUUUGCCUGGAAUUUGAACCUGGGUCUCUGCGACAGAACCUUUUAACCCUGCAUCACAAGACCGCAAGGCAACCUUACAAAAAACAUACCCACUCACAAAAAUUCACAUUGACAGGUACUAGAAAUGACAAAACUGAAAAUUACAAAAGCUUAUACUCACACUAGCCCACACAGGCUUCACUGAGAGAAAGAAAGAGGCAGGUGACAGAGAGGGAGAGGCAGUUCGAAUGAAAUAUGAAAAUGGGGAUUGUGGUCCAACUUCUCUCUUGGUUGAGCUGAGAGAGAGGCCUAUUAUUACAAAAAAAAAGCAACCCCAUUUGACAAAUUGUGCUGAAAUCAAGCUCUCUUGUUCAGGAGAGCAGCCAAGCACUGGGAGAAAACCACACAGAGUGUCUACAAGGAAUAUUCAAUAAGAGACAGAAAGGGAGCUGUACUGGGACCAGUGGCCAGGGGGGGUUUAUGAGUUCUCACUGUGGUCUUUAAUCACCGAAACCCAGAGAAAUGUGGGUAAGAGCUUUGGUGCUGCGACAGGGACUCAGUCCACAGUGGCACACAGAGAUAGGAAAGGGACUUAAUGUCAACACUUGAUAGGGAGAAAGCUUUGAAUUAUUGAUAUUCCAAAAUGUUGGUGGUGCACGGCAUGGGAACGCUAACAGCUCCAUUUGGAAGGCUGGGAAUCAGGCUCUCAAACACACACACACACACACACACACACACACACACACACACACACACACACACACACACACACACAAAAACACCUCCGUCCAGUGAUUUCACAUUGUUUCAGUAUUGUUACAGACAACUUAUAUUGAUCAUUAAUGCAGCGGCACAGUAGAUCCCCCAAUCAAUCAUUGAUUCCUCCAGACAUCGUCAAUUACUAACAUUCACUGAAACAUGUCUUUGUCAGUUCCUGCUGGGCUGAGUACAGUAUUUCUCUACACUCUGUAUCCCAUUAAAGCUAAAGAUGUGAAGCAUGGAUUGUUCUUGAUGUCAGUCUGAAUUAGGACUUUGCAGCAGUCUGUAAAUAUUCAUUUCUUGGUGGGGGAGAGAAAGUCUUUUUCCCUUAAUCACUACAGAUAAGUUGCAGUCUACUCUUUAGUAUACUCUUUUCAUUAAAGAGAAGAAAAAGCAGCGUUAUCAUGAUCAGAAAGUGGGAUAUGUACAGAACAUUGGCGAUGACAACUAAAGGGCUCAAACACAAGUUACAUUUUUACAAGAAUUUCCUCCACUCUUAUCUUUUCUAUCCUUUACCGUUGCUGUUUGCUGAACUUGAUAGCGCUGUAAACAUUGCAGCCUAUGAAGAGCAGCAUCUGUAUGAUCAGAAAAUCAAUAUAUCACUAUAUUAUCAAAGGGGUUCUCGUCAGCUAUGUUUACGACUUUGUAUAGCAUCAGUCUUUAUGCGCAAAUGUUCUCACCAAUCCGGAGCUGUCUACUUAUGCACACAGAGACAGAGGAGAUGCAGUGCUUGUUGUCCAGUAACGCUCAACAUCUGUUUUAAAAGGGUUUGCUCCAAUGGUGUGCUUUAUAUGUAUGAUUUUUAUCAUAAACCUAUAUUAAAUAUACUUGCUGUUAGAAUUAACGGGAGGAUAUCAAUCACAGUGGAUGUGAAAAAAUACUGUAAGACCUCUGCUGUGGUCCAGAGCCGAGGGGUUUUCCAUUACCUUUGAAGAAUCAAUAAGCUAUUUGCGAUAUGACUACUAUCCAUUAGAAAGAAUAUCCUUUUAUAGAAUAACUCAUUGAUUAACUCAUUUUGGUGUUAAUCAUGCAUUACAUACAAAAUUAUACAAGAUCCAAUUUUCUAUUUUUGAUGUCCAGACCAGUUUGUGGUAUUUAUGCAUAUGUGUAUAUGGAUACAUAUGGCCCCAACACUGCAUUUAUGCGUGACUAGUAAAGCAUAUUUUCUAUGGUAGAGCCCAUCUCCCGCUAUUGUUUGCACAGUAGCUUAUAAUAUGCACCGUGAUGCCCCAUUGUCCUUUUACUGUUUACUGACUUUAUAAUUUGUGAACUUAAGUUAUGAAAAACUGUAUUUUGGUACUAUUCAAAUAUUGUUAGAAAAAGAGAUAUAGCAGACGUUUUGUCCAAGAAAUAUAUUACCAUAGUGUUGCUAUGAAUCUGUCGGUUUACCUUAUUUUGGGGAGGGAUGACUGGGAUAUUUUUGUUCUUCCUUUGUUGUUGAUUUGCCAUCUGACAGUAUAUCACCAUUGUUCUAUAUACAACUUUCUUACGUGGCAAUAAAAGAUGACUUCUGUAAAAAA